UUAUAAUAGCAGGACAUUUUCUUGCACAAUCAUGGAUUUCUCCGGAUAUUAUGGCUUCUGGAUUGUUUUAUUUCUAUUAUGGAAAUCUUCGGUUGGCCAGAUUGCCUAUUCCGUCUCCGAGGAGGUAAAUAAAGGAACCGUCAUCGGGAAUGUUGCAAAAGACCUCAAGAUCAGCGCUCAGGAACUGGAAUCACGCAUUUUUCAGAUUAUGCCUGGAUCAAAUGCAAAUUAUUUCGAUGUAAAUGUGAAAACGGGGUCGCUGUUUGUCAAAGACAGGAUUGAUCGUGAGGAGUUGUGUGGCUCUAAUCAGAAAUGUACAUUGAAUUUAGAGGCUCUUGCUCAGAAUCCGCACAGACUUUAUCGGCUUGAAAUUAUAAUUGUGGAUGUGAACGACAAUGCUCCGUUUUUUAUUGACAGCAUGUAUGUUGUCAAUGUUACAGAGAAUGGAAACGAGGGGGAAAGAUUUCCUCUCCCGAUUGCAAAAGAUUCAGAUGUUGGUAGUAAUUCUCUGAAAGAUUACAAACUCAGUUCAAAUGAAUAUUUUUCUUUAGAUGUUCAUAGCGGGCAAAAGAGUAUAUCUGCUGAGUUAGUACUACAGAAAGCUUUAGACCGAGAGAAACAAGCCGUUAUUCACUUAAUAUUAACCGCUGUUGAUGGAGGAAAACCUCCUAAAUCUGGAACAUUGAGUAUUGUUAUUGACAUCGUGGAUAUAAACGAUAAUCAGCCUAUUUUCAGUAAACCUUUAUACAAAGUUAAAGUAAAUGAAAACACACAAAUUGGAACCAAAAUAAUUUCUGUUUCUGCCACUGAUUUGGAUGAGGGCAUCAAUAGUAAAGUUCAAUAUUCAUUUCAUGGAAAUACCGAUGAAUUGAAACUGUUUAGCAUUAAUCCUAACUCUGGGGAAAUUGUUGUUCAAGGACACAUUGAUUACGAGGAUGAUUCUGCAAUUGAACUCCGUGUUCAGGCGAGAGAUAAAGGCAGCCCUCCAAAAAGUGCACACUGUAAAGUUCUAAUAGAAGUUGUGGAUGAGAAUGAUAAUGCACCAGAGAUAGUUACGACUCCUCUGUUGGAAAGUGUGAAAGAGGACUCAAAACAAGGAACUGCUGUUGCUUUAGUCACAGUGUCUGAUAAAGAUGGAGGUAAAAAUGGCAUUGUUCACUGUGCGCUGAAAGGCUCGUUUCCUUUCAAACUGGAGACGUCAUAUAACAAUCAUUAUUCUAUAGUGAUAGACGGACCUCUGGACAGGGAGAGUGUUUCUCAGUAUAACAUCACAAUUACAGCUUCAGAUGAAGGAACUCCGGCUCUUUCCAGCAGCACUGUUAUAACUGUUCAUAUCUCUGAUGUUAAUGACAAUGCCCCACAUUUCCCAGCACCCGUUAUUAACGCUUUUCUAAGUGAGAAUGGUCAAGCUGGAGGUCUCGUGACAAAAGUGACAGCUGAUGAUUCAGACAUUGAGAACGCACAACUUUCAUAUUCACUGUCAGACAGUUCCAGCUCCAGAGUUCCUGUAACAACACUGAUCAAUAUAAACUCUUUGAGUGGAGAAAUAUUCAGUUUACAAUCAUUUAAUCACGAGGAAACAAAAAGAUUUCAGUUUGAAGUGAUGGCAACAGACUCUGGUGUUCCUCCUCUGAGCAGUAAUGUGACUGUAAAUGUGUUUAUUCUGGAUGAGAAUGACAACAGUCCAGUUAUUUUACCGCCUUAUUCUGAUCCUGGAUCAGUUAAUACUGAGAACAUUCCCUACUCUGCUGAAGCGGGAUACUUUGUAGCCAAGAUCAGAGCUGUUGAUGCUGACUCUGGAUAUAACGCUCUUCUGUCUUAUCAUAUAAGUGAAGCCAAAGGAACUAAUCUCUUCCGCAUUGGAAGCAGCACUGGAGAAAUAAAGACUAAGAGAAGAAUGAGUGACAAUGACUUAAAAACUCACCCACUUAUUAUUACAGUCUCUGAUAAUGGAGAGCCAUCACUCUCAGCGACUAUGUCCAUGGAUGUUGUGGUUGUUGAGAGUCUGGAUGACAUAAAGACAUCAUUCAGAGAAGUUCCUGUUAAAGAGGAGAGUUUCUCAGAUCUGAAUGUGUAUCUGCUCAUCGCUAUCGUCUCAGUAUCAGUCAUCUUUUUACUGAGUCUCGUGGGUUUGAUAGCAGCUAAAUGCUACAGGACAGACGGCAGUUUCAGCAGGUACAGCGCUCCAGUGAUCAGCACCCAUCCAGACGGAAGCUGGUCCUUCUCUAAAUCUACUCAACAGUAUGACGUGUGUUUUAGUUCAGACACAAUAAAGAGUGAUGUAGUCGUUUUCCCCUCGCCGUUUCCACCAGCAGACGCGGAGUUGAUCAGCAUUAAUAGUGGAGAAGACACUUUUACCCGCACACAAACUCUUCCUACCACCGAGAAGGUAAGAAGAUGGUUGAAAGUGUGUAUCGUCUAUUCCAUACCGGAAGAGGUAAAUAAGGGAACAGCUGUUGGCAAUAUAGCGAAAGACCUGAACAUAAAUGUUCACGACCUGGAAUCUCGCAUGUUUGAGAUCGUGACUGGAUCAAACAAGAAGUAUUUUGAUGUAAAUCUGAAAACGGGCGUGCUGUUUGUUAAUGAAAGGAUUGACCGUGAGGAAAUAUGUAUGUCGAACCAGAAAUGCUCUUUGAAUAUAGAGGCCCUCGCAAAAAAUCCUCAUCGUCUUUUCAGAGUAGAGGUUAAGAUCUUGGAUAUAAACGACAAUGCGCCACAUUUUCCUGUUAAAGUGUUUACUAUAAAUAUAACUGAAACAGCCAAUCCUGGCGAGAGAUUUCCUCUCCCGGUGCCCGAUGACUCUGAUGUUGGCAGUAAUUCACUGAAAGAGUACAAACUGAGUCCGAAUGAACAUUUCAGUCUCGAUACACAGAGUGAAGACCAGAGUGUGUCUGCAGAGUUAGUGCUGAACAAGGCUUUAGAUCGAGAGAAGCAAGCGAUUAUUAAGUUAGUUCUCACCGGGAUAGAUGGUGGAAAACCACCUAAAUCAGGGACUUUAAAUAUUAUUAUAAACGUCAUUGAUGCUAAUGAUAAUAACCCAGUGUUCAGUCAACCUCUUUACAAAGUCAAACUGAAGGAAAAUGUUGUUGUUGAUACUAAAGUUUUAUCUGUGUUUGCCUCUGAUUUGGAUGAAGGAAUAAAUAGUGAAAUCAUGUACUCAUUUGCUGGUCACGGAAAAAAACAAGACACUUUUACCAUAAUCCCUGAGACAGGAGAUAUUGUUGUAAAAGGACAAAUUGAUUACGAGGAAAAUCCUGCUAUUGAGUUACGAGUUCAGGCAAGAGAUAAAGGCCAUUCACCAAGGACCACACAUUGUAAAGUUUUAAUAGAAGUUAUGGAUGAAAAUGAUAAUGCACCAGAGAUAAUUGUGACUCCUCUGUUGGAAAAUGUGAAAGAAGACACAAAGUCAGGAAUUGCUGUUGCUUUAGUCACAGUGUCUGAUAAAGAUGGAGGUAAAAACGGCAUUGUUCACUGUGCGCUGAAAGGCUUGUUUCCUUUCAAACUGGAGACAUCAUAUAACAAUCAUUAUUCUCUAGUGGUAGACGGACCUCUGGACAGAGAGAGUGUUUCUCAGUUUAACAUCACAAUUACAGCUUCAGAUGAAGGAACUCCGGCUCUUUCCAGCAGCACUGUUAUAACUGUUCAUAUCUCUGAUGUUAAUGACAAUGCCCCACAUUUCCCAGCACCCGUUAUUAACGCUUUUCUAAGUGAGAAUGGUCAAGCUGGAGGUCUCGUGACAAAAGUGACAGCUGAUGAUUCAGACACUGGUGAGAACGCAGAACUUUCAUAUUCACUGUUAGACAGUUCCAGCUCCAGAGUUCCUGUAACAACACUGAUCAAUAUAAACUCUUUGAGUGGGGAAAUAUUCAGUUUACAAUCAUUUAAUCACGAGGAAACAAAAAGAUUUCAGUUUGAAGUGAUGGCAACAGACUCUGGUGUUCCUCCUCUGAGCAGUAAUGUGACUGUAAAUGUGUUUAUUCUGGAUGAGAAUGACAACAGUCCAGUUAUUUUACCACCUUAUUCUGAUCCUGGAUCAGUUAAUACUGAGAACAUUCCCUACUCUGCUGAAGCGGGAUACUUUGUAGCCAAGAUCAGAGCUGUUGAUGCUGACUCUGGAUAUAACGCUCUUCUGUCUUAUCAUAUAAGUGAAGCCAAAGGAACGAAUCUCUUCCGCAUUGGAAGCAGCACUGGAGAAAUAAAGACUAAGAGAAGAAUGAGUGACAAUGACUUAAAAACUCACCCACUUAUUAUUACAGUGUCUGAUAAUGGAGAGCCAUCACUCUCAGCGACUAUGUCCAUGGAUGUUGUGGUUGUUGAGAGUCUGGAUGACAUAAAGACAUCAUUCAGAGAAGUUCCUGUUAAAGAGGAGAGUUUCUCAGAUCUGAAUGUGUAUCUGCUCAUCGCUAUCGUCUCAGUAUCAGUCAUCUUUUUACUGAGUCUCGUGGGUUUGAUAGCAGCUAAAUGCUACAGGACAGACGGCAGUUUCAGCAGGUACAGCGCUCCAGUGAUCAACACCCAUCCAGACGGAAGCUGGUCCUUCUCUAAAUCUACUCAACAAUAUGACGUGUGUUUUAGUUCGGACACAAUAAAGAGUGAUGUAGUCGUUUUCCCCUCGCCGUUUCCACCAGCAGACGCGGAGUUGAUCAGCAUUAAUAGUGGAGAAGACACUUUUACGCGCACACAAACUCUUCCUACUGGAAAGACCACAACUUUGAGAGUCAUCUGA